UCCUCUCAUAUCAUUUAAAAAAAUAUGGCAACCAUCCAAUCUUUGGCAGAGGGCACGUGGAAUUUAGUUGUAAACAAUUGUUAAAAAAAAUAAUUGUAAAAAAAUCAUGUCUCCAGUAGCGGGAGCAAAAGAUGAAGGUGUUCAGAAGUCGUGGAAAAAGAUAAAUGAGGAAAGAAAAGCAUUAAAGAAACAACGGAAGCAAGAAAAACUACUUAAGCAGCUGGCAAAAGUACAAAAGGAGGAAGAAGCAUCCAACAACGCAAAGCAUUCACAAAAGUCCGAACAGAACGAAAAGAAGAAAGCAGCAAACCCUUCGACAGUAUCCAUUGCGGUUCCCGGGUCCAUAUUAGAAAAUGCUCAAUCGGCUGAACUGAGGAGUUAUGUUGCUGGGCAAAUUGCUAGAGCUGCCUGCAUAUUUCGGGUGAGCGAAGUUAUUGUUUUCGAUGACAUCGGUUUGGCCACGGCCAGGGAAACCAAGAGAAACUUUGAGGCCGAUGACAGCGAUGAUGCUGGGGGCGAAGGCACCUCACGCACUGUGCGUAGUAGUUGUUUGCAGCUGGCCAGAAUUCUUCAAUACUUGGAGUGCCCGCAAUACCUGCGAAAAUUCUUUUUUCCCCUGCACAAAGAUUUGAAAUAUUCCGGCUUGCUAAAUCCACUAGACGCACCACAUCACUUGAGACAACAGAAUAUUUUUCGGUAUCGCGAAGGCAUAGUCACGGAGAAAUUGGCAAAGGAGGGACACUGUUAUGUUAAUGUUGGACUGCUGAACGAUGUUCUGGUAAAUAAGGCCUUAACGGCGGGACUGCGUGUUACAGUAAAGUUGGACCAGCCUCAAGAGAAUGUGCGUAAGCAGCGGGGAACAAUUGUAAGCCCGGAUGAGCCAAGGCGCGAAACUGGUGUAUACUGGGGUUACACAGUUCGCAUAGCUCAUUCCAUAUCGGAGAUAUUUACGAAAUCUCCCUAUCCAGGUGGUUAUGAUUUGACUGUCGGUACAUCAGAUCGUGGCUCCAGUAUACAUGAGGUCCCCUCGAAAUUCUUCAACUACAACCAUUUGCUGUUGGUUUUCGGUGGCCUUCAGGGUCUAGAAGCCGCCGUUGCCAAUGAGGAUAAACUGCAAGUUGAUGAUCCAAAAUUGUUGUUUGAUCAUUACAUUAAUGUUUUACCCAAACAAGGAUCACGUACAAUACGCACCGAGGAAGCUAUACUGAUAGCAAUGGCAUCGUUACAAGAGAAAUUUAAUCCCCAAGUGGAGGACAUUGAAGGAGAGCUAAUAAAAGAGUCCUUGCCACGCAGUGAAGAUACCGGCGGCAUAAUACCAAAACCAUCGCAAACGAAAAUGGAAAGAAAACGCAAACGACAGGAGGAAAAUGAAAAACAUCCACUGGUGGUGAAAGAUGAAUCUAUUACCCAGGACGUAGUUUUACAGCCCGAAAAUGGCGUAGAAAUGAAGAAACCCAAAGAGAAGAAAGUGAAAAAUAAUCCCUUUUCAUCGAAAAAAGAAGCAGCUGUGGUAGAUUUUACCGAAAAUGGAGUGUUGGGUACUUCUGCUGCCGACGAUGAUUUUGAAAUUGUACCCGUGGGCAAAGCAGACAAGACAUCAACUGAAGCUAGUGUGGACGAUCUGAGCCGAUUUGAUUAGACAAUAGUUAUUUUAGUAAAGCAAUUUAAGAAAUAAAUAUAUUUUUAGAAA